CUAUGCGCGUUCCUUUCCAUCCGCGUGCCCGUGGGUUAGACAGUGUGUCUACAGCGAGGGGUUCUAACAGAGAAGAGAAAUGCCGUCAAAAAUCAUCUUUGAAACCGAAGGUGUAGCCAUGGACGAAGCAGUGGACACUGUCGCGGAGACCAAAACCCUAAAGAACAAGACCAAGGAGGGCAAGAAGCUGAAGAAGAAGAAAGAGCAGGAGGACCAGGAAGAGCAGGAGGACUCAGCCUGUGAACCCCCAGCACCAAAGAAGAAAAAGAAAAAAGACAAGUUGGCAGCGGACCAAGCAAAUGGCCACAUUGAUGGGGAUGCAGACAUGAAUGGUAACAGUAAUGGUGUUGAAACACCAAAGCAGAAGACUAAGAAGAACACUGAAGGAGACACAGAGAAAAAAAGUAAGAAGCAAAAGAAAGCAAUUGCAGAGGAAGCAACCAAUGGACAUUCCAGCCCAGACACCCCGGUUCAGACACCCAUCCAGACGCCAUCCCAGUCAAGUGAAGAAUCAGCCAGCGACAGUGAAAAAGAAACGGAGGAGACACGAGAGCAGAAGGAAGGGGCUUUCUCCAACUUCAGGAUCUCCCAAGUCACCAUCGACAAACUAAAGGCUCGGGGAGUGUCUUACCUGUUUGACAUUCAAGUGAAGACAUUUAAUCAUGUGUAUGAUGGAGAGGAUGUAAUUGCCCAAGCCCGAACAGGAACAGGAAAGACUUUCUCCUUUGCCAUUCCUUUGGUGGAGAAGCUCCAGAAGGAUUCGGUGGCGAACAUCAGAGGCCGGCCUCCCAAGGUCCUGGUGUUAACUCCAACCAGAGAAUUAGCCAUCCAGGUUGCUAAGGACUUCAAAGACAUUAUCAAGAGACUCACUAUUACCUGUUUCUAUGGCGGCAGCUCAUACAACCCACAGAUUGAUGCUAUCCGUAACGGUAUUGAUAUUUUGGUUGGAACUCCUGGUCGCAUCAAAGACCACAUCCAGAACCAUAAACUGGACCUCUCAAAAGUGAAGCACGUUGUUCUGGAUGAAGUAGACCAAAUGUUGGACAUGGGAUUUGCAGAACAGGUUGAAGAGAUUUUGGCCUCCUCAUAUAAGAAAGACUCGGACUCCAACCCACAGACGCUUCUUUUCUCGGCCACCUGCCCACCCUGGGUCUAUGACGUGGCCAAGAAAUACAUGAGACCAGGAUGUAAACAUAUUGACCUGAUUGGCAAGAAAACACAGAAAGCUGCAACAACUGUGGAGCAUCUGGCCAUAGCGUGUCACUGGUCACAGCGAGCAGCAGUGCUAGGCGAUGUCAUCAAGGUCUACAGCGGCAGCCAUGGCAGAACCAUUGUCUUCUGUGAGACAAAGAAAGAGGCCAACGAGCUUUCCAUGAAUGCAUCUAUCAAACAGAGUGCCCAGUCUCUCCAUGGUGACAUUCCUCAGAAACAGAGAGAGAUGACACUGAAGGGUUUCAGGAAUGGAGCUUUUGAGGUUUUGGUUGCCACCAACGUUGCAGCCCGUGGAUUAGACAUCCCUGAAGUUGACCUGGUGAUCCAGUGUUCUCCACCCAAGGACGUGGAAUCAUACAUCCACCGCUCAGGACGUACAGGCCGAGCAGGCAGGACUGGAGUCUGCAUCUGUUUUUACCAGAGGAAAGAAGAGGACCAGCUGCGCUAUGUGGAAAACAAAGCAGGCAUCACAUUCAGAAGAGUUGGUGUUCCCACUGCCAAUGAUAUCAUCAAGUCAUCAAGCAAGGAUGCAGUCAGGUUUCUUGACUCCAUUCCAGUCGCAGCUAUCGGAUACUUCAGGGCGUCAGCUGAGAAGUUGAUUGAGGAAAGAGGCGCAGUUGAUGCACUAGCUGCUGCCCUGGCCCAUAUUUCUGGAGCCACAAGUCUAGAGCAGAGGUCACUGCUCAACUCUGAUGCUGGCUACACCACUAUGCAGUUGGUGUGUUCUCAGGAAAUGCAUAAUUUGGGUUACGCUUGGAGAACCAUCAAAGAACAGCUUGGAGAACAGAUCGAGAACCACAUUCACAGAAUGACAUUCCUCAAAGGCAGAACAGGAGUUUGUUUUGAUGUCCCAGCAGACAAAGUCAAGGAGAUUCAGGAGAACUGGAAUGAUGGACGCCGCUGGCAGCUGACUGUGGCCACAGAGCUCCCAGAGCUGGAGGAGAAACAGUUCAGUAACCGCACAGGACGAGGAGGAGGAGGCGGCGGAGGAGGGGUCAGAGGUGGAAGGGGGCGAAAUUUUGGGGGCUUUCGGAAUGGCGGUGGUGGCCGUGGCAACAACAGAGGAGGAAACAAACGCAGCUUCAGUCAAGCUUUUUCUUAUUGAAGUGCCAACAUGUAGACUGAUAAGACUCACUGUCACUCAUCUGGGCUGGCAGUGAUGUUUUUAUUGGCUGUCAGCGAGAGUGGUCGAUCUAUGGCUGGUGGGAAAACUCCCAUCAUAUGAUACAUGCUGAAUUGAAAACUUGAAAAAAUAUUCAUAAGUUUUAUAUACAGUCCAUCAAAUUAAAGUGAGCAUCACGUUAUCUGAGAAAUUAGAUUUAUUUCCAAGCAGCCAUUUCCGAUGGGUUGAAGAUCAGAUCAUCUGUGCAUGGUAUAUUAACACAGAACCACUGGGCGUGGCCAUUUUUUAUUGCCUGAGCUGUGUAUCUUUUAGGCGAUACAUAAGUUGAAUCUCAUGAAAUGACAUGUUCUUACCAGCUAAGUUUCAUCAUUCAGUUUCUAUGUCUUAAAUGGUAUAGGAUCAAAAACUGACUAAACAACCUACAGUAAAAGUUACAUUUUUUAUGUGGUGGCAUCAAAUGAAAAAUUAAGUGUGUCAUCCACUGAGGUAACAUAUUAAUCUUUUUAUACUUGGUGUUUGGGGAACAGUGAGGGCAGUCGGACCCGAGCCAACGUCCACAAAACAAGACGAACCAUUCUGUCGUUACAAGCUGAAAAUAUGCUUCUUGUGAUAUGACUACACUUGAUAACUGGGCAAGUGUUUAUUACCAUUAAGGUUCACUGUACAGCAGACACCAUGUCAUUUGGGUGUCAUUGUGUUUCUUAUCUGCACAGUGAACAGUGAUAAAAUGGUUGUUAACCUUUACACUUGUGCUCAGUGUUGGAUUGCUGCCUUAUCCUCAUCUGAGAAAGCUCUCCCCAAAUAUAUAUUGGAUGAUUGCUUUGCAAUUGCAUAUAUUUAAUAACUGUGUCUACUGCUUCCAUUCAUUUGAAUGAAAUGACUUAUUCAUUAAAAAAAAGGUCAUCUCUG